AUGAGAGAAAUCGAUGAUUUUGUUUUCCGCAAUCUCUACUACACGGCGAUUUGUCUUGCAAAGAUUCAGAAAAAGAAUGUCUUCGAAAUCAAGAGAAUAUUGCUGAAUCGAGUGGAAUUGACGGAUGCCGAACAUUUACAUCUCAAUCACAAUCUUCGCGCCGCUUUCUCGGCAACUGGGAUUUAUCUUCUCUUUUCGAAUGGUCGCUUCAUUGAAGAUCUCUUGCCGACACUUCUCAAAGCACUCCAAGCACUUCCACAUUGUAAAUGGAUCGAUGAUGGAUUGAUGAACAAAAGAGACAAAGUGCCGAUCUUUGAACAAUUCGCCUUUUGUUUCAAUACGAUUCUUUCGGAUCUGGCUGCUCGACAUCUUCUACAGCAAGAAGAAAUUCUGAGAGCUCAAUUGGAUACCCUUGCUUGUGCGGUCGAUGAAAUUCUUGAAGUGAUCGAUGAGAAAAUGCCAAGUACACAGUCUAAGUUAAAUGCAAUCAAACUGCUGUGCCUUGUGUUGGGUCUAUUACGAUCCUUUGGGAGAUGUUCGAGUGAUUGGGAAACACCAUUGAUAAGUUACAUAUUUCCAAUUGACACCGGAAAGCAGCAACAAUCAGAUGGGGAGAAACCGGCACCAAAAAGAAUUGACUCAAUUCGUUUGUCGACGGAAAACGAGAAUCUUCCCGGUUACGAUCUUCAAGAGAAAGAGGGCGAUCCAAAUCGGUUAAAGCACAUGUACAAUCGUCACGGAAGCAGCUUUACGACAAGUCAAAAAUCAUAUUUUGCCAUUAAACCCAAACAUUUGGAAGCACUUUUUGAUUCGAUUCAGCGACUCAUUAAGCCAAACGUGUUGACUCAAUUAGAUGUUUUUGCCAUAGAAGUUUAUUCGAGUGGUUCUCUAAAACGUUUUCCGUAUCGAUCGAUAUCUGAAAUGGUGACAUUAUGUUGUUUGACGGUGUUGCGAGAUGUGAUACAACCAUUCUCUGUACUCAGCAGCGAUUGUCCAGUGACGAGGGAGUUUGCAAAAGAACUUCAUGCAUUUGUUGCUGAAAUUCUGAAGCGAAACAACGACCUUCGCUCGCUUUCCGUUUCGGAAGAAAAUAAAAGAAGCCACCAACAUUUGAUUGAGCCGAUCAAUCGUGGCCGGAUCGCAAUAAUGGCUCAUUCGGUUGCUCUCGAAUUGAUUGUUUGGGCAGCAAUUGAUGAUAUCGAUUCGGAUUCGGUCUGCAAUCAAAUGUCGGAAAGGCUGUUUCAUACAAGUACAAAUAGGAUUCCGCUUUCGCAGCUUCCACUCUUUUACAGGGCUCUCUCGGCUUUGGGUGGUCUUGCUGAAAAGUUUCCGUCUGUUGCAACAACGACAGUUAUUCCGAAUCUCACCAAAUUUCUUCUCGAACCGGCGCCAUUAUUGACAAAGCUAGCAGGAGAAUUGAAUGAAUAUCACCGAGGCGAUCCUGGUGAACUUCGAGAUGAAGAAAAUCUUCGGAAACGUCGACAAGCACUCGAGAAACUUCGGAAUGUAGCUAUUUCAGCGUUGUGCCGAUCCCUAAAAUCUUCUCUAAAAGUUGAUGCCAACAGCAUUCGAGCCUGUCUAGCUGGGACUUCAUCGAAACUUUAUGCAUGCAGUAAAGCUGAAAUAAAUUUUGUGGUGACAUUGGUGAUUGAGAAUGCGAUUCUUUUACUUGGAGGAAUCGGACAAGCGCAAGCCAAUUCGGAGGAAGUACCCGAGUUGAUUUUACAGAUUUUCUUACAACGUUUCUCAAAUCCUCCGUCUCCUCUAGAUACACUCAUUGUUCAAUGUUUGGCACAAAUGUGGACAGCUGGAUGUAGACGCAUUCACGAUGGAAUCAUGAAACUUUUUGGCCAAGUUACAAUUGAAAGCAGCAAUCGGGUAUACAAUGACAAAUCGGAAGGAUUGGAUCAACGAUAUUCACGUGUUUCAUUGGCUGUCGACAAUGCGUUGAUGAGAAUGGCUGAGACAAUUGAAGACGACGAUGAUAAACAAGCACUUUUGAUACGCUUAUUGGAGCUCUUUGUGCAGUUGGGAUUAGAAGGAAAACGAGUCGGAGAGAAAGUCUCAAAAAGCACUGUUAAGGCUUCAACUUCAGCCGGGAAUCUUGGUGUGCUCAUUCCCAAAAUCGCAACUCUCGUCUCUCGAAUGCCACCUGUUUCAAAUCCCUCUGUUCGUCUGAGAAAUCUCUUUCGCGACUUUUGGUUCUUCUGUACGAUUCUUGGAUUUGAUGUUCAGUAUUCAGGCCUUUGGCCCGAGGAGUGGUACAAUGCGGUGUGCAUUGUUGCAACGAAAUCUCCCGUUUUGACGGCCCAAGAAAAUCUGCGCUCGGAAUUGAUUGAAAAUGCUCCAGUAAAAGGAGAUGCAAUUACGCCGACUGAUCUACAAGAGAUGCGGAAUGGCGUAUCGGCUGAAUUGGAGCACCCGCCAGAUGUGGUCGGAUUUGUGAAUCGAAUGGAUUUUGCGCAAUGCGUUUAUCUUCUUUCGGUCCUUCGAAUGGAGAAAAUGAGAGUGCAAAAUGCGACUCAUUUAAAUGCUGUACCCGAAUUCUUCAAGUAUCUCGAAGAUAGAGCAAUUCGCAAAGACAAGACGAUGAUCUGGCAAUGUUUCCUGGCCGGUGCGGUUGUGGUUUUUAACGCAUAUCUGGAUGUUGAAAAGAAGCGCUCUGGGCCAAGUGUACAGACUCGGCUUGAGUAUCACGCCCAAUUUCUUCUUAUGCAGUUCAAUCACAACCUGAGAGAGGUUCGACGAUGUGCUGAUCAAUGUCUGUCUCGUUUGAUCGAUCGUUUCCCCCAUCUUUUGUGGAAUCCAACCGUUUUAACUACGGCUCUUCGGUUGUUACAAGCAUUGGAGUCAAGUGUCGACAAGGAGGAGACAACCUUUUCUCUUUCCGGACUCGAUUGGACUAUUCAAUUGCUGGAUUCUCCGGAAGCAAGGCGAUCAACUGUUCGUGACUUUCGAGUUCGCUGCGAACAAAUCCUCACCGAAGCGAUGAAAUGGGCCCCAAAUGCUACAAGCAGUCAUUUAAUUGAAUAUCAAUCACAAUUUGACGCCUCAUUGGAUGGAUCAAUUCGGCAAACAAUAGAAGGGCAUGGAGGAGAAGGAGAAAAGAUCUAUCAACGAGGACUCCGAAUGCGACCACUUUAUAUUGGAUUGAUCAGAGGAAGAUUGGCUGAAGCAAGGAGUGGGCAUGAUAAUACUGGUACAAUGACUGAAGCACAAGCAGAAAGCUACUUAAUCAAUCGCUUAGAGGAGGAUUUUGAAAGAGCUUGCAAAACUGGAGCCGAUGAGGAGAUGAAGAAUUCGGUUAUGUUGUUGACGGCUCUCUUUGUAACAUUGCGCGAAAGAAAUGACCGGAUAUUGGGUAUCCUCGUGCGAACACCACUUAAGAACUUCACCGAAUCGACACUUGAAUUGUGUCUGUUGAGUUGGAGUUGGUUAUUGGCUGCGAGAAAGGAUGUGCAAAUGAGAUUUUUGCAGGAACUUUCGCAAAGUUGGGCCUGGUGUGCUCGAUUGGGAUUGGGAAUCUUCGAGAGAGAAAUUCCUAAUCCGUCGCCACUUUGUGAACAAAUUCAACAGCCACGACGACCACCAUUUCUUGCACCACAUCGAGCAUGGAUCAAUUUCAUCGCCGAGCGUGUCGACGUGGCCAAAUACUCAUCGCGAGAAGAGUUGGACGUUGUGGAAGGAAUGUUUGCAAGUACGAUUUCGCUGUCGGUCGGAUCGGCUCAAUCUCAAUCAACAGUGAGAAGUCCGAUUGGAUCUGUGGCUAUUGAGCAUAAUGUUUUGUUAACACGCCACGUCGAAGCCGUUGGUCUUCGCUUUCGAUUGCUCACUUGUGUGUUGUCAAUGCUACAGGGAGAUGCAAACAAUCACCGUCUCUCCAAUAACAUUCUUCGUCAACGUGUCUAUGCUUCAGCUCUUCAUUAUUUCACCCUUCCACCACAAGGAUUGACCCAAACACCGGCUGCUUUGAAGAACGACAUCCGACUUCUCAUUCAAUUUUGGCAAGCAAUGUAUUCGGAUGCGAAAUACCUCAAAAAGGAGCGCUUCAAUCAAAACGAUGAAGAAAAUGGAUUCUCAGCUUCGGUGCAGCAAUUGUUUUCACAGUCAGAUCCAACAUCGGCUAGAGCUGUUUCGUAUCAAACAUGGCAUGCAGCGGCAACUCUUCCCACAAACUAUGCAAAUACAUUGACAAUCGUUUCAUCUCAGCGAUCACUUCUUACUAAUGCCGCUAGAACUUCUCGAAAAACCGAUCAACAACAAUCAAAUUCGUCGGAUGUCGAGAAACAAGUGCGUGCCUAUAUGAAGAAAAGAAAUCUCAUUCUGAUGUUGGUGGCGAACGAGAUUGAACGAUUGUGUGCAUGGUUGCACCCAUUGGGAGAAGGAACUGAAGAUGGAAUGACCACUGUUGAACAAUGGUUGAAAAGCACUUUCCCUGAUGCUCGAGCUGAACAAAAAUUGUUGAAGGAUAGUGCACGACUGGCAUGGGAGAUCAGUCCGGAGUUGGCCAUUUUUCUUCCAUCUAGAUUUCGUAAUUGUCCAAAUUUGCGCACUACAGUACAACAAUUAGUGCGAGUCGGCCCGGAUUUGGUGGCCCAUCUACCGGAAGCGCUCUCAUAUUUUCUUGGUGAUCCAUCAAUCUUCGAGUCAGCUGAGAUUUCACAUGUUCUCACUUGGGCCACAUCAACUCCUGUUAUGGCGCUCUCAUUAUUGACACCAAGGCAAUAUCCUCAACAUCCAGUCACUGUCCAAUAUGCUGUUCGUGUUCUUCGUAGUUAUCCUGCGGACACCCUUCUCAUAUACAUCCCACAGCUCGUUCAAGCGAUUCGACACGAUUCUAUGGGUUAUGUUGCCGAAUUGCUUGUUUGGUUAGCCGGCCAUUCUCAACUUCUUGCUCAUCAAUUGCUGUGGAAUAUGCAGACAAACAUGUAUUUGGAUGAGGACAGCAAGCAAACGGAUCCUGUUCUAUUUGACCCUUUAACGGAUAUAUCGAGAAAAAUUCUUUCUCGUCUUGAAGGUAGUCAUAAACGAUUCUAUGAUGCCGAAUUCGCUCUCUUCCAUCAACUAACGGCAAUCUCUGGCACAAUUAAACCUUAUCCAAAGGGAGAACAACGGAAGAAGGCAUGCUUGAAGUCUUUGGCGGAGGUUAAAUUGGAGACAAUCGCUUAUUUGCCGUCAAAUCCAGAAGCAAUUUUGUUGGGAAUAGAUUAUGCGAGUGGGACACCGAUGCAGAGUGCAGCUAAAGCCCCUUUCUUGGCGAGAUUUAAAGUGAUGAGAUGUGGCGCAAGUGAAUUGGAAAGAUUGGGAUUGAUGGCACAAAGUGGAGAAAAAGGUAAAAAGCCACCACAGCAAGCUGAUCUGCAUGAACUGGCUAAAGUGCAGGAUAGUCGAGUCUGUUGGCAAGCCGCCAUAUUCAAAGUUGGCGAUGAUGUGCGCCAAGACAUGUUGGCUCUUCAGUUGAUGCAAUUGAUGAAGAAUGCAUGGAUGGCUCUUGGAAUUCCUGUGAAAGUAUUCCCCUAUCGAGUCGUUGCAACAGCACCCGGGUGUGGAGUGAUCGAAUGCGUCCCAAACUCGAAAUCUCGUGAUCAAUUGGGCCGGCAAACCGAUUUUGGUCUCUAUGAGUAUUUCAAGACCACUUACGGCGACGAGAACAGUGAAACAUUUCAGAAUGCGAGAAGGAAUUUUGUACGCUCGAUGGCCGCCUAUUCCGUCUUUUCAUAUCUUCUUCAAAUCAAAGAUCGUCACAAUGGAAACAUUAUGAUCGACACGGAUGGGCACAUCAUUCAUAUUGACUUUGGUUUCAUGUUUGAGAGUAGCCCUGGUGGAAAUCUUGGAUUUGAGCCCGACUUCAAGUUGGGCGAAGAAAUGGCAGCGAUUAUGGGCCAAAAAAUGGAAGCCGUUCAUUUUAGAGAAUUUGCGUCACUUUGCGUGAAAUCCUUUUUGGCGGUUAGGCAAUUUCAUAAGGCGUUCAUUUCACUUGUUUCUCUGAUGCUUGAUACGGGAUUGCCGUGUUUCCGUGGGAAAACGAUACAACAGUUUAGAGCAAGAUUUGUGCCAGACGUUGGUGAAAGAGAAGCAGCCCGCCAUAUGCAUACGGAUUAUUAUAUGGUUGGCUCUCGUUUGGCACAGGAUCAUCAUGGCCAUCAAUUCGGAUCGGAUGAGGAAACUUUAUCGGAUUUUGAAGCACGAAUGAUGCAAGAAAAUCCGGACAUUUUAAUGGAAGUGGUUCAUCUCGAUAAAGUGGAAUUCCCGUCAAAUACCAUCAAUGAUCGCAUGCGAAAUGAGAGGAUUUUGAGUAUGAUUGUCGGAAACGACUGUAAUGUUCAAAGGGUGAGGGAAACGCUGACCUAUUUGAAGAAAACGGAGGCAAACAAUUUGCAAAGAGAUCAACGAUCGAACGACAAUCACAAUGAACAAUUAGAAACACUUCGAAAGUUGAUGGAUGAUGAAUUUCAUAAGCAGUCCAACCCGAAGUCCGGCACAAGAAAGAUGAAGGGAAAUGUGAGACGGGAUAGCAGGGAUAUUGAGAAUCUAGCUAAACAAACGUUGAUGGCGAACGAUUUUCCAGUUCGAAAAGAGAGUCGGAAACGUGAAAAUGAACGAAGAGAUCAUUAUAGACUGUCUCCAAAAAGUGUCCGUCCGACAAACGAGCAACGAAAAAGAAGUAGAGAAACGGGACAGGGUCGAGAAAGAGAAAAUGAAUGGAGAGGAGAUCGUCCGCGUUUCAGCAGAAGCUACAAGGAAAAUGGCGAAAGAUCACCUCACAAUCGUUCACGUUCAUCUCGACAUCAAAGAAACUUU